GUGUCGCCGUGCUUCCCGUUGCCGUUGGAUGCUCGUUGCUUUCGGGCUGUUCCUGGCCUUGGGCUCGGGGUCGCCGUUCUGCGGCGCCGUUUCGACGGCGCCGAGGUCAGAGCUGCCACGGCCGGCCGUGCAGAGCCCGACGUAUCUCAGCGACGGAGACGCGCAGAGGUUUAGUGACGCGGGCUACACGACGCGGAGUGCCGUGUACGGCACGGCAUCGGAGAAAAUGGCGCAGGAGGAGCUGUGGAGCGCCUUGCAAGCGAUGUUGGGCCCCUCGUCGGUGGAAUCCUUCUUAAAGUCUGGCUCCUUCGUUGACUUGGGCAGCGGUGAAGGUGAGUUGGUUCUGACUGCCUUGAGUUUGUUCCCAGAUCUGACGAAAGGUGUGGGCGUGGAACUGUCGCAUGAACGACAAAAGGAGGCGGUGAGAAAAGCUCAAGAGUCUUCGCCUCAGGUGGGAAGCCGUGCAGAGUUUUUGCAGGGCGAUAUUUGUGAUGAGUCGAACCAGAAAAUUGUGGAGGCUAUUGCUACUGCGAGGUUACUCUUUGUGAGUAAUGUGAUGUUCGAAGCGAAGCUCAUGGACUGCGUGAGUCGCGUGCUUCGUCGCUUCGUGGCCACUGAGGGGAAAGCGGCGGUGGUCGUGGCGGUGGGGAAACAGUUGGACUUGGAUGGACGAGUGACCAGUAGCCAAUCUGGGUUGAUGACCGGAAGCUGGGGAUUGGCCCCGGCAUAUGUCUACGGCAUUCUUGGCUGA